AUGCCGUAUCGUAUAAAAACAGUCUCUGUGCUGUGCCUGCUGCCUCAGGCGGUGCUGGCACGGUGGGCGUGCGUCCGGGCGUGUCCGGCGUCCUGCUCCUGCACUCAGGAGAAGAGCUGCAGCGUGCUGUGCGACCGCUCCGGCCUGGCUGAGCUGCCCAAAGAGUUUCCCUGCGAGGCGUCCGCCAUCAACCUGGACAAGAACAGGCUCAAGUUCCUGUCAGAGCGGGCCUUCGGGACCCUGCCCUCCCUCAAGUCUCUGUCUCUGGACCACAACAACAUCUCCUUCAUCACUCCUGGAGCUUUCAAGGGCCUCGCCAACCUGGUGGAGCUGAAGAUGGCGCACAACGAGUACAUCAGCUACCUUCACACGCGGACGUUCACGGGCCUGAAGAAGCUGGUGCGUCUGGACCUGUCCGACUGUAACCUCUUCAACAUCCCCGACCGCAUCUUCAUAGAGCAAACGGCGCUGAAGGAGCUGCUCUGCUUCCAGAACAACUUCCGCAGGAUCCCCGGAGCCUUCAGAGGCAUGGAGAACCUGACGCACAUCUACCUGGAGAGGAACAAGAUCGAGGCCGUGGCCUACAAUUCCCUGCUGGGCCUGGGAAGUCUCAAGUACCUGAAUCUCCAGGAUAACCGCAUCAACGUGAUCCACGACCAGGCCUUCCAGGACCUGGUGCGGCUGGAGAAUUUCUAUCUCAAUGACAACCUGCUGUGUGAUCUGCCCCGGCUCGCCUUCAAGGGCCUCAGCCGCCUCAAGAUGCUCAACCUUGGGGGGAACCAGUUGACUAACGUGUCCAGGACCUGGUUCAGUGACCUGGUGGAGCUGGAGAUCCUGUACCUGGACAGGAACCAGCUGCUUUUCAUCGAGGAGGGCACGUUUGAGAACCUGACCAGCCUGAUCACGCUCCACCUGAACAGCAACAACCUCACCACGCUUCCCUUCCCCGUUUUCCAGCCCAUCUACUUCCUGGGCCGCCUCUACCUCUUCAGGAACCCCUGGGAGUGCGACUGCUCACUGGAGUGGCUGAAGGACUGGAUGGAGAACUACAAGCUGGUGCGGGACAUCCCCUGCGCCUCACCUUCCUCCGUGGCGGGGCUGGAUCUCAGCGAGGUGGUCUUUGCCAAAGUGAACGGCACGUGCGUGGACCCCGGCGAACUCAACCUGACCACGGCCUCCUCGGAGAUCGCCUCCACCACGGAGAACCGCUUCAACAGCCUCAUCUCCAAGCUGCUCCAGCAGGAGCUCCGAGAGGAGAUGGGGAACGGCACAGAGAGCCUCCGCAACGGGACCCUGCUGGAGCCUGAAGACGGGCAGCUCUCUGCGGGCGUCACAGGGCAACGGGCCCAGAAGACCCAGUCGCUCCUCUGCUUCACUGCCGUGUGGCUCCUCUUUGGUCUGAUUGGCCCGUCAGAUACUCGUGUCUGUCUUUGCCGCACAUGA